ACGUUCAACAAACCUUUAGUGUCAAAUCAGUUUUACACCGUCGAUCAGGCGUACAAUACAAGUUUAUAAAAUUUUGUUGAUCCAGGACAAAAUGUACAAGAACGCAACAAUUAAGGUCGCCCCUGGGGCCACAAAAUGUUACUUGGGAGAAGGACCCCACUGGAAUCCAGUGAAAGAGGAAAUGCUGUACGUCGACAUUUUUGGAAAGGCUGUCCUCCGGUAUAUUCCCAAGACACAAGAAUGCUACAAGGUUGUCGUUGACGCCGGUCCCGUCUCCCUUGUGGCCCCAAUCACCGGUCAUCCCAACAAAUAUCUUAUCACGAUUGAACGUGAUGUCCAAGUCAUGGAAUGGGAUGGUGUGUCGUCAACCCCAACCAGCCUAAAAAAAUUGGCCACGGUGGAUGAUCACUGCAAGACAAAUCGGAUCAAUGAUGGCAAGUGCGACUCGAGGGGGAGAUUGUGGGCAGGAACAAUGGGUUAUGAACCUGCCCCCGGAAAAUUGGACGCCAAGAAGGGCACCCUUUACUCCUUCGACUUGGAUGGCACCGUUAAGAAACAUUUUGACCAGAUUGACAUUGCCAAUGGGCUUGCAUGGACGGCUGACGAUAAAACUUUGUAUUACAUUGACUCCUUUUCGUACCGAGUGGAUGCAUUCGACUAUGAUGGAGAAUCCGCAACACUCAGCAACCGACGCACCGCCUUUGACUUCAAAGCCAACGGUGUGGAAGGCAUUCCGGACGGAAUGACGAUUGAUGCAGAUGGCAACCUUUGGAUUGCUGUGUUUGACGGGGCGAAGGUGAUCCACGUCGACCCCACGGCUGGAAAGAAAUUGGGCCAACUCGACUUCCCCACCAAGAACAUGACAUCUGUGGCGUUUGGUGGACCAGAGCUUGGCAUCUUGUACGCCACCUCGGCCGAGCAUUUCUUAUCUAAGGAAGAACUGGAAGCUCAAUCCGGAGCAGGGGCGUUGUUUGAAGUGCGAGGACUGGGGGUUAAAGGACUGGGAGCUGGGAUGGAAUAUAAAGGCGUAGUUUAAAAGUGGGGAGAGAAUGAUGACAAUAAAAAAAUGUAUUUAAAAAUAUUGAGUACCUAAAUUUGAUGAUUGUAUUAAAAACACGACAAUAUUUGACAAUAAAAUUUGUAUUAACUUUCACCUUUCA